AUGGCUUAUAAACUAUACAACUACAAUCCGUCAGUGGGGGCGGCAAUCCCCUUUGCCGCUAUCUUUGGAUUGCUGACAGUUGCACACCUUGUCCUGAUGGUUCGCUCUCGAUCUUGGUAUUUGACACCAUUCAUAAUUGGAGGUGUCUUCGAAGCAAUCGGUUAUUUUUGCAGAUAUAUCAACUCGACCGAAACACCAGACUGGCAGUUGAUGCCGUACGUUGGACAAAGUCUUCUAAUUCUUCUUGCGCCCGCCCUCUUCGCCGCAUCGAUAUACAUGAUACUAGGACGCCUUAUUCGAUCUCUGAAUGCAAGUUCCAACUCGAUCAUUCGCCCAUCGUGGCUGACAAAAAUAUUCGUGACUGGAGAUGUUAUAUCUUUUCUGAUGCAGUGUGGAGGAGGAGGCUUUCUAGCCAAUGCCAAAACAGAAGCUAAAGUCGAGAUGGGCGAGCACAUGAUUCUUGGCGGUCUUUUCGUCCAAAUCUUCUUCUUCGGAUUUUUCAUCAUAGUAUCGGUUGUCUUCCAUCGUCGAAUGCUCGCCACACCCCUGAAUUUUACCAUGGCUACGACGAUACCUUGGACACGAUGCAUGAAGGUGCUAUAUACCGUCAGCUUUCUGAUCAUGAUUCGAUCUAUCUAUCGCGUGGCCGAAUAUAUACAAGGGAGUGAUGGAUAUUUGCAAAGCAAGGAAGCUUUUAUCUAUAUCUUUGAUGCCACUUUGAUGCUUCUGUGUUGUCUAGUCCUUGUCGUUUACCACCCAAGCAAGAUGCUAGCUGACCAGCAGUACCAAAAGAGUGAGGAUCUUGAGAUGCUUUCCAGUGCCUAUGAAUCGCAUAGGAAUCUAUCAUAA